UAUAACUGACAACCUGGACAUGAUAGCAACGAGCCCUUGCUGCAGUUCAAGCAUGGAUCCGCCUGGCGUUUCCACCAGAAAAUGAUGAGACAGACGUCAUAAAACUCUCUGCCAAUGAUCCAAAGAUGUUGGCCAUCUUCUUUGAAUUUUAUUGUCUAUUACAAGCAAAGAACCGCCCAAUGGAGUACCUUAACCGAAAGAGACACGAACUCUUGAGCGGUCACGCCACUCAAGGCACACAGUUUGGCCGCGGUGGGCACAGCGCAAGGGCGCGUAGACAUGGAGUCAAUGAUGGCCGCGACCGUAGUAGCGGUCCGGGUCGUGGUGCUGGUCGCGGUCGUGGUCGCGGUCGCAGUCGUGGUGCUGGUCGUGGUCGUGGUUGUGGUCGUGGCCGCAGCAGUGGCCAGGAGGGUCCAAGUCCGGCACCUUCGACAGUUACCAAGGCACUACAAGAGCAUUCCCGCACAUCUGAGGCACCCGAGUCCAAUAAGGUUCCCGAUGUCAGGAAGAUUGUCCAGAUACUGCACCUUCACCGCCCGUUUGUCAAUUACCAAGGGAAAUACACCCAGGACUGCCCAGUAGCUCGCUGGGCAAUGUUGACAGCACUACUCCUACUCAUGCAGGACAAGCGGCCUACAAUCCAACGAUUCAGAUCACUUCGUAGCGCGAUCCUCCGAAUUGAUGGUUGCAAGUGCACUUCCGCAAUCUAGACGGUCUCUUCGCCCCUUGCCACGCAAAGUAACGACAAAGUAUAUUCCACCAAGACAUGGACAACAGAGUUCCUAUGCUCAACCGUCGAGACCAGCCCUCAAUCAGGAAGGCGUCGAUCGUUUACUGACGGAUAUUGGUAGGAACGCCUCGUUAAUGCACUCUCAGACAGUCUCAGUGCAUAUGGAGGACUGGGCUCGCGAUGAUGAUCAAGAUGAUGUCGCGGAUGUCGAUGAUAUUGCGAACGAAUUUGAUAUACCUUCAGUCAACGAUACUUUACCUCCGUCGUCAAGCUGUAAGGAGGUGGUCGACAUCACUGUGCCAACGAAACCU